GCCAUCAUCAGCCGAUCAGCCUGUGCCUGUUGGGUGACGGGCCAUACUCAUUUUAAUUUAAAAUUAAUAGGGCAUUUGACAUUAUUUUGUUUAUCAGACUCAAUUUAGAGCUUAUACAUUCGUAGUUCAUUCAUAAUUAUUGGGUAUGGAUGGUGUUGUUAAGAAAAAGGGUGCCAAUCGACCGAACCGGCAUGGAGGUGCAAGUGGUGCGACAAGCAAACCGCAGAAACAGCAGUCAAAUGCGGGGAAAGGCUUCAGUAAAAAGGGUGAGACAGAGUCUUUUAGGGACGGCACUUUGGGCGACACCGUUCUUGCCGUCAGACAGCCAGGCAUGGAGCACCCAAGCAUGCAAGAUUCAAAACAAGUGCUGAAAGUAGAGCUACAGAAACUUUACAUAUCAAAAGAAAAUGAAAAGCUGGUCAUGGACGCCUUGAAACAUGCUCAUGGAGACGAAUUUGAGCUCAAUGACCAGUCUGCUUACCGAGACCAAGGUGGGGGGAUAAUGAAGCAAUACUGGAUGUCAAGAAGUACUCUUAUUGUUCAGGGAGGAAUUGAUUAUUCCAAUAUAAAUAAAAUCCAAGCUGCCGAGGGAGCUAACCAGAUCAGUGCAUUUGCACUUACAAAGCUGGAAAGCUUUGGAUUUCAUACACCACAUUGUGUUGAAGCGCUGACAAUCCACAACGGAGACGUCAGCCAAGCGUUGCAACUAUUGUGUUCAAUCUACUUCAAAAUCGAGCAAAAAGUUUGUUCUUUCCCGGAAUCCCAAGAGUCACUCCCAGAGAGUAUUUUGGAUUCAAGACGUGAGGAAAAAGAAGCCCUUCAAGCAAUCUAUGAUAAUGAAUUUCUUGAGCGGAUUGAGAACAAAGUCUGGUGCCUUCGCUUAAGCUUGCCAUACUUAAUCAAGCUCUGUGAUAAGCCCGAAGAGAAAGUUGUUGCAAAACCCACUAAGCAAGUCUGCAAUUUUUUUCUUAAGGGAAUCUGCAGAAACUCCUACAAUUGUCGUUUUGCCCAUGUUGGUCUGCCAAAAACCACAGCAGUAUCAGACGAUCACUUAAAAGAUCCAAAAGAGAAGAGCUCAAUUUUUGAGAUGGAAAUUCGGUUUUCCAAUGGAAACAUGUAUCCCCAGGAGCCGCCUCUGAUUUGCUUCUCAGCCGAAAGCCCUAAGUUCCCCAAGGACAUGUCCCUGAAAAUUUCUAAGAAGCUCAACGAAGAGUCGAAGUUGCUUGCUGUUGACGGCUUUCCUGCUAUAUUUUCUUUGGUUGGAAUUUUGGAACUAGAAGGAGAAAUUGCUCCAUUGUUCACCCAGCCAAGACCAGGCCCCAGGCACCUUGAACCCCUCAUUCCAGUUGAGAAGGUGGAGGAAGUAACUAAUGCUGCUGAUGCAAGUUCGAAGAAGACGGGCCAGACAGCUAAAGCUCGAGAAGUCCGUUUGAAGUCGUCGAAAGAAAUAUUGCGCGAGAACGAACGACUCCAAAAGCAGCAUUUAGAUAAACCCGGUUUCUCCCAGUACAAAAAAAUGAUGGAGGUUCGAAGAACUCUACCUGCGUGGAAUGAGCAGGACAGAAUUCUUGAGGCGCUUAACUCCAACCAAGUAAUCGUCGUGAGUGGAGCUACUGGCUGUGGAAAGAGUACCCAAGUUCCUCAGUUCAUUCUUGAUGAGUGGCUUGGAGGAAAAAAUUUUGAUCCGUCCUCAAACAGAGAUAUUGUCUGCACGCAGCCCCGUCGAUUGUCGGCUAUAGGAGUGGCUGAGAGGGUGGCAGAUGAGCGAGCUGAGAAAAUCGGACAGUCUGUUGGCUAUCAAAUCCGUCUGGAAUCAAAAACCUCUAGUUCAACCCGUCUGCUCUUCUGCACAACUGGUAUUCUGCUCAGAAGACUAGAGGGAGACGCUGAGCUGGCCUCGGUGUCACACAUUAUUGUCGAUGAAGUCCACGAAAGGAGUGAAGAGUCUGAUUUCCUUCUCAUGAUUCUGAGAGACCUUUUGCCAAAGAGACGUGACCUCAAAGUGAUCCUGAUGAGCGCAACUCUGAACGCUGAUCUCUUCUCUCAAUACUUUGGAAUUGUCCCCAUCCUUGAAAUUCCAGGCAGAACUUUUCCAGUGGAGCAGCUUUUCUUGGAAGAUGCUCUUGGAAAGACUGGAUACACAAUCGAUGAGUCAUCCCAGUAUGCCAGACACAUUAAAUUGAAUAACAUCAGUGAUAUCAAAGAACUGGACACUGCAGGCAGUGAUGACCUGGAACUGGAGCUGACCAUUGUGGGUGACAAUUUCACUCCAGCACAUGGAAAAACUCCGGACGAAAAGCUCAGCCCGGCCCAGUUGUUCUACCGUUAUGAAAACUGCGACAAGCAAGUUUGUAAGACGUUGCUCUAUAUGGACCCUGAUAAGAUCAAUUACGACCUGAUCGAAGCCACCUUAAUGUACAUUGCCCAAGGCAACCAUAACUACCCCAGAAAGGGUUCCAUCCUCAUUUUCCUUCCUGGCAUGGCGGAAAUUACAUCAAUGUUUGACCAGAUCAAGGACCACCCAGUUUUGGGUCAGCGAAGAGGCAAAUUCCUACUCAUUCCUUUACACUCAGCCCUCACAAGUGAAGAGCAAGCCCUGAUAUUCAAGAAGCCAAAUGAAGGAGUCAGGAAAAUUGUGAUGUCAACCAAUAUUGCAGAAACGUCCAUCACCAUCGAUGAUUGCGUGUUUGUUAUUGACGCAGGCAAGAUGAAGGAAAAGCGGUACGACCCGAACAAGAACAUGGAAUCUCUCGAGUUGUGCUGGGUUUCCCAGGCUAAUGCCCUUCAACGCCGAGGUCGAGCCGGCCGAGUGAUGCCAGGAAUUUGUUUCCAUCUCUACACAAAGCAUCGGUACGAGUGGCAGCUCAUGAAACAGCCCAUCCCAGAACUGCAGAGGGUGCCUUUGGAGCAACUUGUUCUCAAAAUCAAAGUGCUGACUUUGUUUAAAGGCAGAGAGCCUUUGGAUGUGCUCAUGUCCACCCUGGAACCACCUUCGGAAGAAUCUGUGAAUACUGCAAUUGCCCGUCUGCAAGAUGUUGGUGCCUUGGACGAAAGGGCCAACCUAACAGCUUUGGGCCACCAUUUGGCCGCUCUUCCUGUGGACGUCCGUAUUGGAAAGUUGAUUCUUCUUGGCGCCAUCUUUAGCUGCGUCGACUCCGCCCUGACGAUGGCCGCUUGCCUCAGUUACAAAUCACCCUUUGUGAGUCCAUUUGCCAAAAGAGACGAGGCUGACAAAAUGAAGCAGCAGUUUGCCACUUACAACAGCGACCAACUGACCGUUCUCAGGGCGUACAAAGGUUGGUUGAAGGCCAGGGAUGCAGGAUUCACAGCUGGCUUGUCAUACGCCCAAGAAAACUUCCUUUCUCAACGAACGCUGCAAAUGAUCGUUGAGACAAAAUUGCAGUUUCUUGAGCUGCUGGUGUCCAUUGGAUUUGUUCCCUCUGAAGAUUUCAAUGGAUUUAGAGUCAAGAAAGCUGCAAAAAUGGGCAGAGACGUCACCCUAGAUUGCUCUGGUGCCAAAUUGAAUGAGCACAAUGAAAACUGGAAGCUGCUCUCAUCUAUUUUGUGUGCUGCGCUUUUCCCAAAUGUUGUCAAGGUGCUUUCACCUCGACAGCUGUAUGCGGUUCACGCAGCCGGUGCUAUUCCCAGAAAGCCAAAACCCGAAGAGCUAAGGUUUAAGACGAGAGAUGAUGGUUACGUUGCAAUUCACCCAUCUUCAAUAAAUUACCAAGUUGGUUUGUUCAGCAGCCCGUAUCUGGUGUUUCACGAGAAGAUCAAAACAAGCCGCAUUUUCAUAAGAGAAUGCUCAAUGGUGCCUGCGCUGGCGCUGGUAUUGCUGACAGGAAAUUCUCUGCACCUUGAGCUGCAUUCUGGCAUGACUGUGAUAGCUCUUGAAGGAGGUUGGAUUCGAUUUGGUGUUGACUCGCACCCCGUUGCCGAAAUGUACAAAGGCAUCCGGGUGGAGCUGAUGAAGCUCCUCGAUAAGAAAAUCGCAGACCCGAGCUUCGAUUUUCAGUCAGAAGUUUUGAGUCAGCAUGUGAUCAAGGCCAUCAUUAGGCUGCUCACCUCUGAGUCCUGAUGGAUGUUUUUGCUCGAGUGUGUGUAUUGAAAGAAGGGAUUGCCAAAAAUUAUUUAUUGUUGAUUUUUAUAUUAAAAGAUGCAGAGAAUAGUCUGCUGAAA